GCCAAUAAAACACGUACUACUUCAACACUUAACCUCAUUUAAUUUGCUCUCAAAAACAAAUAGGGAAAAAAUGCCGCCAUACACUGAAGAGCAGGAAAAGGAGAAGGUAGAAGAUGUAGUAGUGGCAUCAUAUGUAUGCAAUGAUCUAGAGAAACCAAUAGUCUCCAACGUAUCGUUGUUGUCUCAAGUCCCAGUUAUUGAUAUGGAAAAGUUGUUUUCUGAUUAUGGAGAUGAUGAUACAGAGCUUCAGAAGCUGCAUCUUGCUUGCAAAGAUUGGGGAUUCUUUCAGAUGAUAAAUCAUGGAGUGAGUAGUUCACUAUUGGAGAAAGUGAGGUCAGAAAUUCAAGGAUUUUUGAAUUUACCGAUAGAAGAGAAGAAGCAAUUUGAGAGACAAGUAGGGAAUCUGGAAGGAUAUGGGGAAAUGUUAGUCUCAUCUGAAUCUGAUGAUCAAAAAAUAGAGAGUUUGGUUGGCAUGUUUUACCUCGUUACUCAGCCUACCCAUUUGAGACAACCUCAUUUGCUUCCUAAAUUUCCACUCUCAUUAAGGGAUGCCCUAGAAGAAUACUCAACACAACUGAAGGAGCUUGCCAUGAAAAUGUUUAACAUAAUGGCCAAAGCACUAGGAAUGAAGGCAGAAGAAGAUCUGAGUGCUCUUUUUGAAGGAGGAAAACAAUCAAUGAGAAUGAAUUACUAUCCAAAAUGUCCCCAACCAGGUGUUGUUAUGGGACUAAACCCCCACAGUGAUGGUGCUGGCUUGACCAUACUUCUUCAACUCAAUGAAGUGGAAGGUCUCCAAAUUAAGAAAGAUGGUGCUUGGAUUCCAAUUACACCUCUCCCUAAUGCCUUUGUUGUCAACAUUGCAGACAUGUUAGAGAUUUUGACAAAUGGAAUUUAUAAAAGUGUUGAACAUCGACCAGUCUUCAAUCCAAAUAAGGAGAGACUCUCUGUUGCAACAUUUUUCGAACCGAGAAGCGACGUUAAUUUAAGUCCAGCAGAAAGCCUCAUCACUCCUCAAAAUCCAGCAAAAUUCAAGCACAUUGGUACUGUUACUGAUUACGCCAAGGGAUUUUUUAGUCGACAACUUGGUCAGGGAUCAUAUCUUGAUACUAUGAGAAUAGUAACUAAGGACCAAGAGAACAAUUGAUCAUCACAUUUUCAAUAAGGAUUUAUAUUGUAAAAUUAUUUGCAAUACGGUGGAAUUUAAACGUAAACGUAUUUUACAUUGUAAGUACACAACUCAAACUCCAAUAAACAAUUGCCUGAUUUUGUGUGAUGUUUCA